AUGAAUUUGACUCUGCUAAAUGAUUAUCGUACGCUGCUCAAAGCUGCUCAACUACCUGACAAUCUCUGGUUUUAUGCCAUUCAAUUUUCUACAAUUAUUCGCAACUCCGUCUACAAUGAAACCAUAAAAAGCUCGCCCCGAGCCAUUGCUGCUCAAUCUGGAUUAGAUGUCAAAACAAUCUUACCAUUUGGUCAACCGGUUAUCGCUCAUAGAACCAAAUGA